UUUUGUAGCUGAUAAUAAAUAAGCUUGUGUCCCCACUGCACAGAGAAGGUAAUUACUGUACUAAGUCAGUUCAGCUGCAAAUUCAGAAAAUAUGACCACGUUACAAAAUAUACCAGAGAAACGAUAUGAUCCAAGUGACAUAUCCCUGAAAUAUGUGAAAAAAAAGGAUGAAAUAACAGGAGAUGAUGUUGAUCCAAAUAUUUUACGGGCAGAAAUGUCUUGCGGGCAUGCAGUUGAUCCCAAUUCAUUAACAGCUUGGUGCAGAAGCCUUAUAGACCAGAAUCACUAUAAGUUUCACUGCCCUGCAGUAAAAGAUGGGACAAAUGAGAAAUGUGGAAAGGAGUGGCCAUACCAAGAAGUUAGGAAACUGGCAGUUCUGACAGACGAGGAACAACAGGACUUUGAAGAGCGUCUUGCUGCUUUGGCUGCAGCUGAAUACUGUGAAUUUAAAUCGUGCCCAAGCUGCCACAGCUAUGUUGAACGAAAGGAUCUGACCAAUUUAAAUGUCUGCUGCUUGAUCUGCACAGCUCAGUUGGGAAGACCCUUUGAGUUUUGCUGGCAAUGUCUAAAAGAAUGGAAGGGCUCAGCGCCACGAGCAGAUCGAUGUGAAAAUACUGAAUGCAAGAAUAGAGACCUGGAGACACUAAAGAAUUGUAUAGUUAUAGAAUUACCAGGAACAACAGUGACAAAUUGUCCAUCAAUCCGGGCUUGUCCAAUCUGUGGGCAGCUAAUAGAACACAACCAAACGGGUUGUAAAAAUGUUCGCUGCAGUCGAUGCCAAAACGAAUUUUGUUUUGCAUGUUUGGAACCUACUCGGGCUUGUCAAGCAACAAGACCCAAUUCCUAUUUCACAACUUGUGCUAAACCAGUAGCCCCAAAACAAACGUCCAUUCCUACAUGGAAUAGACGUGCACCUCCCUUGGUUACAUUCCCACACAAUUCAGCAGAUCGGGAAAGGAGCCCUAACACGUGCUUGUUGUUUUAAUAGUGGUUAUGUUUUUUACAGGGUCAGGUUGCUAGCCAGGCCCUCAACCCUCCUCAGAUGGUAUACCACACACUCGUGCACACACACACUCACACCUAGUGCCAAUUUAGAGUAUCCAAUCUACCUACUGCAUGUCUUUGGAAUAUAGGAGGAAACCGGAUCAUCCAGAGGAAAUCCACUUGACCACAGGGAGAAUAUGCAGACUCAGCACAGAAGGCACUUGAGCCUAGAGUCAAACAGGCAAACCUGUUGGUGUGAGAUGACAAUGCUAACUACUGAAUAACUGUACCACCCUAAUGGACAUGCAUAGAAGGUAGUUACUGACUUUUAUAAUAUAAGAUUAUGCAGGUAAAAGAGAACCAUGCUAUGAUAAUUUCUCUAUCAUUUAGUCAGGCUGCCUGACGGACAUAUUCAAAUCUUUCAGUUCCUCUGAAUACUUGUGUCAGCACUAGGAAAUAAAAAAAAAGUAUACUUUUGUCAUGACAUGUAAAAAUGGAAAAUGAAUAGCAACAAUUAAAUUUAUCCAGUAUCUUUGACUAGCUAC